CUAGGAAACGGAGAUGAGCACCGCCCCCUAGAGAGACAUGACUGGACUUUAAUGUCAUGGGGAAACCUUUACCUUUUUAUAAUGUGUGUAGUGUGUAUGUGCAUGCAGCAAACAAUUCUGUCACAUUCUAGCAUAACUUUUUUUUCUUUCACAAAUACCUAGCGUUCAGAGGAGGGUGAGCUAGAUCAGUAGAGUCUUUUUUAUUUGAUUAUCCACAUGAGCCAAUGACCUCUUUAGGCAACUGGUUCCACUGUGGCAUUGCUCUGACCAUUAGGAAGUUUUUUCUGGUGGUUAGCCUGAAUCUGGUGUGCUGCAAUUUAAAUUUGUUGUUCUGCAUCCUGUACUCAGGGAUGAGUGAGAAGAGAUCUUUUCCUUCCUCUUUGUGACAGUCUUUAUGAUACAAGACUGAAAUACCAAGGACAACUGUGAGGCCCCAGUCAGGAUUUGAACCAUAGGAAGGAUAGUUAACCCUUUGCCUUUGCACCAGUGUCGUAAUGCAAAUUAUCAGGAAGGGGGAAAAAAGCUGCUGUUGGCAUCUGUUUUUAAACAUGAUUAUGUGAUAGUACGCUCAUGUCUCUAUAGAUUAAUUUACUACUUUAUUCAAUAGUUCUAAUUAUAUGUAAUGUUUAUUGCUUUUGUCUUUAUGUCGUUGGCAGGGCUCAUGUUCCAUUACCCUGUGUUUGUGGUUCUGAUUUAAUUCAUCAUAACAGUUUUAGAAUCUAAUUUGUGAGGAGAAUUUGAGCACUUGUGAAAAAUUAAAUAAAGAAUAAGUUCUUACCUUUCCACUGUAGUUUCCCUUUUUACUUAAUUCUUUCAUGCCUUGCCAUUUACAACCCCUCUGGAUUGAGAAGGCAGAGUAUGAUAUUCAUGUCACAUGUUGCGCUUGUGUCUAUGGCUGGGUGACAUGUGUGCAGAUAUAAGGCUAGUGCCACUCACCUAAUGCCAUUUCACACCAUCACUGGCACACAUUUUUAUUUAUUCUUAUCUAUAUCACUCCACAGCCAAAGCUCUCUGGGCAGUUUAAAUAGUCCAUAAUACAGCUAAAAAAUACAAUAAAAUAGAUAAAUACAGAAAUAUUUAAAGUUUUAAACAGCUAAACCAAAUAUUCCCAGCCAGUAAGAAUUUUUUGGAGGGAGAGGGACGAAUAGCUUCUCAAGCCAAAAAGAGCACGGCAACACAGCAAUGUGCACCACUCUUUCCACCUGCCUUUCUCACCUUUCCCCCCUAAAAGUUUGAGUAAAGGCAUUGGGAAGUAAGAAGACCAAAGUCUGUGAGGCAACAUUACUGUGAACUUUCCUGUUUCCAAGUGCAGUUAUUGGGGUGAAGGGGGGGGGGUAAGUUGUGCUAGGAAAAGGAACAACCAUUUUUGGUGCUUGUAUUUCUUGCUGACAACAUAUGCUGAGGGUAAGGGUGUUUACGAGUAGAGGUGGUUGCCCUAAACAGAAUCAGAUAUUGGUUCAUGUAGUCCAGUAUUCAAGCUUUCCAGGAGUUCAAGGGGGGUUUUUCAGUCCUACCUGGAGAUAUCAGAAAUUGAACUUGGGGGCCUUCUACAUGCCACAUAUAUCCUCUGCCACUGGGCCACAGUUCUUUCUCUUCUAGGCAGAGGGUUCAUAGCUGUACCAAUUAGAAGGCAAAGUAGCUGUUUAGUCUUUUCUCCUUAACUAAUUUUUCUGGUUUGAAAAAAUGGAAAAGGCAGUAGGAAAGCACAAGGUUGCUUCAGAGUUACAAAGCUGUUCAUGCCUCACUGCUAUACCCCCACACCCAAUAAUUUAUGUAUCAACAAAAAUACAUAUACAUAGUUUGGGAAUAAUUUACCCCUCUGCAUUUUCAAGACAGCUUGAAAAGCCUGCUGGAUAUUGCCCAACAUAAGUUUCAUUUGAAAAUAUCCUAGAUUGACCCUAAAUGCAGGAUCACAGCUUCAGUCAAGCAGUGAAGACAAAUGUUGCUAUUCAGGUUGUGUGGAAUAAAGUGUUCAUGUUUGCGAGAUGACUGGCUUUUAAGUUUCCAAGUUCUUACUUAGUCACCAUGUGACUGGACUAUUGUUGCUUAUAACUUGGUGUCCCAAGAUUAUUACUUGGUGUCUGUCAUCUGCUCAGAGCUGCUUUUUCCAUAAAAAGGAGGAAUUUGACUACUGCUGAGAAGUGCUAUUUUAAAGGACUAAGUUCUGGAGACUACUAAUAGCCAGCCAACCAAAGGGUGUAGGCUCCUGUUUUAAUAUCUAUAUAACUGCCUGAUUGAUAACAUCAAGGUGAGUGGGUAGAGUGACUCUACCUAGAUCUGCAUGACUGAACUAAAAGAUAUGCUUAAUCAACUUUAUAUCUAUGCCAUGUACGUAUACAUAUAUAUGUUUGAAAUUGUUUGAAUAAGCUGUUGCUGGGGGGAGUUAUACCUAGAGAAUUCUGCUCUUGGCUCUUGUCCUAAUAAUGUGCAGAUACUUUCGUGCUCUCUUAUUCUAAAUCUAUUCUGACUCUUCUACUGGAAAAAGACCAAGGAUUAUGCCAAUUGACAGCAGCCACUGUGUUUUGGAAUAUAUUUGCCAUGAGCAUCCCAGAUAAUUGUGGAUCUUUAUGUAAGUCAUCAAAUGGGUUUGUACUGCCCCAUUUAUGAAAUGCCCUCUUUCAGGAAGACAGAAGUGAAAGUCAGAGUGAACUUGAUAGGCUGGAGUGCUGGGCUGAAAACUACAGAAUGGAAUUCAAUAGGGACACAUGCCAAGUUCUACACUCAAGAAAAGAGAACCAAAUGUACAGUUACAAGAUAGGAAAUACUAGGUUCAAGAAUAUUAUGAAGUGAGAAGGGCAUUGGAAUUGUUGUAGAUCACAUUGAAAGAGUUAGCCAUGUGAUACGGCUACAAAAAAGGCAAAUGCUAUAUGGGGCUGCAUUAAUAGAAAUAUUGCUUCCAAAUCAUGUGAGGAACUGGUUCCCCUAGUUCUGGGCACCACAAUUUAAGAAAGACGCAAACUGAAAAAGAUUCAGAGGAAGAAAGCAAAUACGAUCAGGAGACUGGAAACAAAGCCCUAUGAGGGGAGAUGGAAAGAAUUGGGGAUGUUUAUCCUUGCGAAAAGACAGCUGAGGGCAGAUAUGGUAGCACUUUUGAAAUACUUGAAAGACUGACAUACAGAGAAGGGCCACAAUCUCUUUUCAGUUAUUCCAGCAUACAGGACACAGACCAAUGGCCUUAAGUUACAAGAAGCCAGAUUCUGGGUGAACACCAGGAAAAAGUUCCGGGCUGUUGGAGCAGUAUGACAAGGGAACCAAUUACCUAGCAUGGUCAUAGGCUGUCCCUCACUUGAGGCAUUCAAGAGGCGUUGCACAGCUGUCUUCAAAGAUACUUUAAUUGGAGUCCUACACUGAGCAGGUGGUUGGACUCAGUGGCCUUAUAGGCUCUUCCAACUCUAGUAUUCUGUGAUUCUAUAAGUUAUUGUUGGGAUCUCAUCAAUGUCUUUUGUUUGGUCUCUUAUAUGUGUAAAUGUUGGUAUUUGAGAGUGUCCGCACAAGGUUUUGCAGUGAGACUUAGUUAAAAGCAAAAACUCAUGGAGUAUGAAAAUUGUUAUUUUAUAAUGAGGGAAAGUCAGAAACUCUUUCAAUAUUUCAUGUGCUCUGGUAUUAAGGAACUAAAUCCUGUCAUUCCGUACAUUUAGAUCAUCAGAUUUACUUUCAAGUAAAUAUCAUUAGAUUGAAAUCUUACAAUUUCAGUGUUUAGUAGGAGCUGAGCUGACUUACUGUGGUCCGUGUAGUUAGAAUUAAACAAGCUCUCAGUUUUAAACCCUUGAGAACAGCAAAGAAAUAUGGAAGCUUUAACCUGCAGGACUGGUGGUUUCUAGGGAAACAGUUGAAUUUUAGAUACUGUUAAAACUGAAACUGUUUCAGCAGCUGCUGAAAGGAUACAUGGAUUUGAGAAUUGGGUUCCUGAUCACAGUUUCUUAGGCACUGUGUGGAUGCAUAUCACCAAUGGAAGGAGAGGAAAGCAUGUUCAGAAGCACGCUUAUGUAUGAUUUCUAAGUUGAACCCUGGCAUUGAAAAUAGGUUAUGGGGCUGUCCUAUCAUGUACAUAGCAUGUUAGACUAUACUAGGACAGGCAAACUAUUGGGAGUGACCUACCACUGCUUUACUUAGCUUAGUAUUGUCUAGUCUGAUCUGACUAGUAAUGGAAUUCCAAGUUUUUGCUCAGGGCCUUUCUUAACCCUUCUACCUAAAAUAAACUGCUAGAGACUCUGAUUCUGCUAGAGAAUCCAGGGCCUUCUGUAUGCAAAUAUGUGUUCUGCUUCCUCUGGGUUAUAGUACAUCCUCUUCCUAGUACUCUGAAAAUUCAUGCAUAUCUAAGAAGUUGCAACAUUCUUCCAUUAUGUUCAUUUUUGGACUAAAUGGACUGUGAUACUCAGUAAGAUUUGGGCUUGGGACUUUGGCCUUGCCAAUCAAAGGUUUAGCCACUGCUCUGUAUCACCUCUCUGUUUUCUGUGGAACCGAGGGCAUUUUUCUGUACUUCUGGACAGGAGAUCUGAGUUUAUAGAAGUGCUACUUGUGGUUGCUGUGCUCAGCUUUUAAGAUUGCAGCAUACAGAGUUCAGGAAGUCUUGUGAUAAGCCUUGCACAGAGUCCUGGGGCUUACUCUCUUUCCGCACCGUCCUUUCUUCCCAAGUAGUUAAGCAGCAAUGCCAGAUGCCUUUUCAUUUAUUUGCUGCUUGUACGUUGUAGUCCUGGCCAUCCACCUGCCCCCAGUACAGCAGAUUCGUGGAGAACCAGAGGCUGGUGUUUCCAGUCUGUGGUUUAACUAGAGGUGAAGAGCAGUUGUUCUCAGUGAAAGGCAGUUGUUCCAAGUGCAGUGAUGAAGCACCAGAGCCCUAGUGACAAAGCGUCCGCCCAGAAGCGACUUGAGCAACAGGGCAAGGAGAAGGUUAUCAUGUAAUUCCAGAACUGGGCAGAAGGAGAAACAGACAUGCAUUCCAGCCAUACAGCUGAGAAUGGAUGCAAGUCACAAGAAGUUACCCAGAAACAUCAUUUCUGAGCUGGAGCGCUUGGACUUCAUUAACACGGAUGUGGGCCGCUGCCGUGCAUGGCUGAGGCUGGCACUGAAUGAUGGUCUGAUGGAGUGCUACCUGAAACUCUUGCUCCAUGAAAAGGUCCACCUCUCUGAGUAUUACCAUUCUCCAGCUCUGCUUCUGGACACCGAAGAGGUUGAGUUUCUCCUGAGUUACUUGCAGGGUUUGUCCUCCCUGGCCUUUGCCCUCUCCUACAAGUCAGCCGUUUUGAAUGAAUGGACCAUCACGCCUUUAUCCUUAUCAGGCCUUUGCCCAGUCUCACAGCUGCUGGAGCCCCAGAGGAAGGAAUCACUGGGCUCCCUCUCACAGUCUUCAGGAUCUGAUGAAGUUGACACUCACCCAGCCAUCUUGCCUGGCACAAGAAGUCAGCAGGCAAAUAAACUUACAGCCUCCAACCUGAGCAUCAGCACAGCAAGUUCCUCACAGCUCUCUUCAAGCCUCGACUCUGACAGCCUUUUGCCUGGGAUUUCUGUCUGCACCCAGAGUCCUGACAAAGAUAAGGAGUCCCUCUUGGAUGACUCUAAACUUGACACAGCAACAACAAAAGACUUGGACCAGUCCCUCCAAAAGGUGUUGGCAGAAUUCAGCAGAGCACAGAGAAAGCCUGAAUCUGUAGCAGUUAAGGAAGCUCACAUUCUCCCUGAGUCUUCCCCACCAUGGUGCCCUUCUCCUGCUGCCAGUUUCUGCACUGCACGCCUUCCUUGUACUGAAAGAGCUGACAUCAAACCCCCUCCUACCACAACAAGUUUGCAGUUUCUGAAUCCAGGCAAGGCACUUAAAACAGAAGAAGCAGAUCUUCAUACCACGAUCCAGCAGUCAUCCUUGCCAGCUGUAAUUCACAUUGCCAAAGGAGCAAUGGAUAUGAACCAAACACAUCACUUCAAGAGAAAAGCUAAAGAAGGAAUCAACCAAGUUAAUGGCUGUGAAGGAGGCCAUCCAGAGACAGAACAACUACUCUCACCAGUGGUCUGUCUGCAUAAAACAAGCUGGAUUACUGAGGAUGAUAUUUACCUUCCUUCUCCUCCUGAGGAGGCAGGGGAAGGCACCUCGAACUUGCAGUGUCCCUCACCAGAGGGAUCUGUUGCUGGUCAGCCACAGAUACCAAGCAGUGCUCUGGAUGAGGGUGGGCUUCAUGUGUCCCAACUGGAGACUAGCAAACCCAAACCAUCUCCUGAGAAGGAAUCAAAGGGCUUCAGUGUUGUCCACCGGAGGCAAAUGGGCCUUUCCAAUCCUUUCCGUGGCCUGCUGAAGUUAGGGAACCUAGAGCGACGAGGUGGCAUGGGCCUCUGGAAGGAGUUGUUCUGCGAACUUUCUCCACUGGAGUUACGUCUUUUUGUGGACAGUGAGGAACGGGUGUGUGUGGAAAACUAUUCCUUGCUAAGGUGCGAGUCCCUUGGCCUGGCUCACAGUGAUGGCCGCUUUGACUUGGUCUUCUCAGGCAAACGGUUGUGCCUUCGGGCUCCAUCUCAGGAUGAGGCUGAAGACUGGCUAGACCGGCUGAAUGAGGCGCUUCAGAAGUGUCGCCCUCAGCAAGAUGAAGAUUGGGAAACUCUACAGUGCCCACCACCAGUGGAGGACCUUGAAGCAAACUCUGCUGCCAGACUACCCAGUGACCCAUCUGUCCUCCCUCAAUACAGUGGAACUGGCCAAAAUGGACUAGACCAGACAGGAGCCUUUGCACCAGAGUUAGAUGCAAUCAAAGAGUCUGUUCUGUACCUUGAGGCUGAAAAAACGUGGGUCCCUUUUGUGUUCUCCUUAUCCUUAGAAGCUUUGAAAUGCUUCAAAGUGAGGAAUGGUGAAAAAACACUGAGCAACAGCUACGGUAUUGAAACCAUCCAGGACAUCCUGCCUGACGUGAGCCUUGGUGGGCCGGCCUUCUUUAAGGUCAUCACCUCAAAGGCAGUGUUGAAGCUGAGAGCUGAGAACGCAGAGGAGGCAGCCGACUGGAGAGACCUGGUCCGCCGAGUGCUCAUGUCCUACCUGGAAACUGCUGAGGAGGCACUGACGCUUGGGGGUAAUCUGGAUGGGAACUCACAGGCAGUCUUGAAGAGCACCGUCAAGGAGAAUGGACUCCUUCUCCAGUACUUGGUUGCCAUCCCCACGGAGAAGGGACUGGACUGCCAGAGCUUCAUAUGUGCAGGCUGCUCGAGACAGAUCGGUUUUUCCUUUGUGAAGCCCAAGCUGUGUUCCUUCACAGGCCUCUAUUAUUGUGAUAGCUGCCACUGGGAUGAAGAGACAGUGAUUCCAUCACGCCUGAUUCAUAACUGGGAUCUCACCAAGCGGCCGGUCUGUCACCAAGCCCUGAAGUUCCUGACCCAAAUUCACAGCCAGCCCUUGAUUGAUUUGAAGCUGGUGAAUGAAACCCUCUACGACCACGUGGACCUUAUGAGCCAUAUCUACAAGAGUCGGGAGCAGCUGAAGCUCCUUGGAGACUAUCUUGUUCUUUGUCGCAGUGGAGCCCUGAAGGAGAUCAGCAAGAGGCUCGAUCACCGACACUACCUCCUGGAAUGUCCCCAUAAAUACAGCGUGGCUGAUCUGGGGCAGAUCGCAGAUGGCGUGUUUGACGCGUUCCUCCAGUCUCUGAUUCAGUUUGCCUCCCAGCAUGUCUACAAUUGUGACCUUUGUACUCAGAGGGGUUUCAUCUGCCAGAUCUGUAACAACAAUGACAUCAUCUUCCCCUUUGAAUUUGGUACAACUACCAGGUGUAAUGAGUGUAAAACUGUCUUCCAUAGCAGCUGCCAAGUAAACACCAGUUUCUGCCCACGCUGCAUCCGCCGGCAGAAGUACCAGCAGAAGCUGCAGGCGUCUUUUUGGAAAUGACCUCAGGAUGGACCACUCUUGAAGUGACAGGGACAGUCCAGUGACAGGGCAGUCCAGAGAGCAAUUGGGGAAAGGGUACAAGAGGCUUGGGAGCAAAGAACAGUCUGCUGCCAGUCAUGCAUCUCCUUCCAUCUAGGGUCUAGCCCAGUAGCGAUCACAGGAUUUCUCAUGGGUUUUGGCAAUACCAGCAAAUGGAGAAGAGACCCACCAAGAACAUACAGCAAGCUGACUUCCUUAUUCUGAUCUGCAGCUGCUGCCUCUUUUCCCCAGCCUUCAUUCUCUUGCCUUUCUAAACAAACACAUGCUAGUCUUGUGUGCAAUGGGUAUGGGAGGAAGAGAGAUGGUGUGGGAGCAAACACUCCUAGGGAGACAAGCCCCAAGAGAACUCAUCUUGAUUCAAGCCGCAAAAGUAAUGUUGCUUGGUUCUCAAUGCACUUUGUAGCAAAGUUCUUGUGCCUUCUGCACUUGAAAGACUACCCCUGAAAUGCCAUGUGCCAAAUUGCAGCUGAAUCCUCUGGGAACACAUUCAGUCCCCCCACCGCCUUGGUAUCACCCUAAAGCAAAGUGACCUUCUAAAUAAUAAACCACUUCUCUGCUCCCUUUUUUUUAAAAAAAAUUAAGCCAAUGAAUUCUAGAUGUGAAUUUUUAUUUCUCUUUAUCCUUCUAUGCAGUUAAUUAAAGAUUAUUUAAUAAGGAGCUAA